AUGUCCAUGUCGGAUCACUUCCAAGGCACAAUCCUCUCUCCGACCCCGUGCGUACUCUCCUUCCCCACCCACCAUUCUAUGCUUGACAUCCUCGAUGGACUCACACCACGUGCCUUUACAUUCCCCAGUGCCGUCCAUGACACCAGAUCGGGAAGCAGUAGCCACUGCUCACCCCUCCUGAGCCGAGUCCGUCCACACCUUGUACAUUGCCUUCUCCCUUCAAGCCAGAACGUCCCGGAGAUACACCUUGCAAUCAAUGACUCAGUUUACUGCACCUCCCAUUGGACGACCUCGUUCAACGCUCCGCAUCUCGAUCUGCAUGCACCACUCACACUCGCUGCACACGCCGCCACGACACAGCCUCACCCUUCACAAUCUGCUCGACCUUACAACUCACACGCGUACGCGAUUCUACUUGCAGGGACUGAGCAACGAUCAAGGCCUGGUGAUGAAGACUACAUCGAGCAGCCCAAGAACACAUUAAUCCUUUAUUGA